AUGGCGGACAAAUUCGAUCCUAACUUCACGGAGAAUGUGAUCAAUGCGACAGGCCCCAACACCGAUCCGCGCAUGCGGGUGGUGAUGGCCGCGCUGAUUCGGCAUCUGCAUGACUUUGCCCGCGAGGUGGAACUGACGGUGGACGAGUGGAUGGCUGGUGUCAACCUGAUCAACUGGGCGGGGCAGAUGAGCAAUGAUAAGCGAAACGAGGGUCAGUUGAUUUGCGAUGUAUUGGGGUUGGAAUCUCUUGUCGACGAAAUCACCUUCUCCCGUGCAGCAAAUGCACCUGAUGCUGCCACUGCCACCGCGAUUCUCGGCCCCUUUUUCAGAACGAAUGCGCCUCACUAUCCAAACGGAGGAAGCAUCAUCCAAACACCCGCCAAAGACGGCGAAGUAGCUUACAUGCAUGGAAAAGUUGUUGACUCUACUACGGGGGAGCCAAUUGAAGGGGUGGUCAUUGACGUGUGGGAGGCCUCAACAAAUGGUCUCUAUGAACAACAAGAUCCAGAUCAGAAGGAUUACAAUCUCCGAGGUAGAUUUACGACAGAUAAGGAGGGAAAUUAUGCAAUGUACUGCUUGAGACCAACACCAUAUCCUAUUCCAUUUGAUGGUAGGGCUGUCAUACUCGAGAUUUGCCGUUGA